AUGCACACGACAUAUCGUCUCACAAUUGUUUUGACUAUGGCGUGUAUCAGUUCUAAUCGGGUAGCCGCCCGAGUGCAAGAGAAAUUGUGCCAGUUUUUAAGUAACAAUAGAAACUACUAUCAGCAAUCCCGUCGGCGAUUUACAGCACCAACUGCAACAGUUUACUCACCAGCUUCCGGACAGCCACAGACACUCAGAGGAUUGUGUGGAAAAUUCUUACGUCAGCCAUGCACAGCAAAACCAUUGUUGCCUAUCACACACCCAUGUAUGCGCGAAUACAGUUCGGUUCACACGCAGCAACCAGCAGGACCAGUCAGAGAUUACCAAGUGCAGGUGGAUCCCUACAUUCUCCUUGAAGAUGAACUCAAAUUCAUUUAUGAUGAUAUUCGACAGUUGUUGGCAAAUGGAACAAAACAGCCAGAACUCGAUUCAAUCGCCUCAUACUAUUUUGACGGUCAAGGCAAAGCCCUACGACCUAUGGUGACGCUUCUGAUGGCAAAAGCAAUCAACUACCACAUUCAGAACAAAGAAAAUAGCAGCAUCUUGCAUAACCAGCGGCAAGUGGCGUUGAUUUCGGAAAUGAUACACUCGGCUAGUUUAGUUCAUGACGAUGUCAUAGAUCAGUCAGAUUGCAGGCGGGGGAAGCCCAGUGUAAAUGUUCUGUUCAACCACAAGAAGGUGACGAUGGCUGGCGAUUAUAUUUUGGCCAUAGCUUCCAUUGCAAUUGCCCGACUAAAACAUGAUGACGUCACAAUAUCCCUCAGUAAGAUUCUUACUGAUUUGGUUCAGGGAGAACUCAUGCAGCUUGGUUCCAAGGAGACAGAAAAUGAGAGAUUUGCACACUACUUGACCAAAACUUACAGAAAGACAGCUUCACUGAUAGCUAAUGCUUUAAAAGCGGUCGCCCUGUUGGCCAAUGCGGAUGAGAACAUCUCCGAAAUUGCUUUCCAGUAUGGCAGAAACAUAGGGUUAGCGUUCCAGCUUGUAGAUGACUUAUUGGACUUUGUAUCGACAGCUGAAACAAUGGGGAAACCAACAGCGGCAGACCUCAAAUUGGGACUGGCCACGGCACCAGUUCUCUUCGCUUGUGAGAAAUAUCCUGAAUUAAAUCCAAUGAUAAUGAGACGAUUUCAAGAGCCAGGCGAUGUUGAGAAAGCCUUCGAAUUGGUGCACAAAUCCCAGGGAUUGGAGCAGACCCGCUUCUUGGCGCGCAAACACUGCAUUGAGGCGAUUCGAUUAGCACAAGAAUUGGCGGAGUCGCCGUAUCAGAAGGCUCUAGUGGUCGUUGGCGAUUUAGUCCUGAAUAGAAUGAAAUAGUAAUUACAACCAACACACACACACACAUCUUCUUUCCAACUAUAUAUUGCAAAACUAUCUCAAGCAUACAUUAAAGGAAAAAAAAAUCGCGGGGUGGGUGAAUACUCUUGUGCAGCGUGAGUGACAAAAGAAAUUGUGUUUAGUGUCCGCGUGAGUGAAUUUAUUUUUUUGUGAAUGAAUGCAACGAACAUUUUUAAGGGGGGAAAGGGGGUUAGGCAAACAAAAACAAGAAAAAAUAUUCAACUGGCUCUCUGAGAAAGAAAAAAAAUCUUCUACUGCCAAUUUGUCGGAGAGAUUUGUCGGAAGAAAAUGCAUCGAAGCCAUUCACAAUGAUGGCACUUCUGCCUUCCCAAAUUUCACGACUGCAGAGAGUUUAGUUGAAAAGCAUAAAAAAAUGUGAAGAAGAAACAAACACACAAAAUGUUCAUGUCCGGCAAUACCUGAAGGAAUGCAACGUGAAGGAAUAUCACGAAUGUGUGUGGAGAUUACCUUACUUCCUGAGAGGUGCGGACAAAAAAAGUGUUUGCUGUUUAUAAAAAAAGUGUAAUAAUUUAUGGUGUUCGACUGUGCGAAUCGUGUGUGAAUGCGAAUUAUUGUUAAAAAAAAUUAUUUUAUUACUUAUUUGUUUUCAUAUCGAAAGGGUAAUUAAUUGCAAAGAAACAAACCAUUUUCUCACCUCAAAUCUUUCUCUCUCUCUCUCGUCCGGAAGACAUCCACGGGAAGUCUUUCCAUUCGACCAAAAUGCACGAAGAAACACCCCCCAAAAAUAAAUAAAUGAAAAAAAUAGUCAAUUGCAAUGAGACAUUAUAUAGGAUAUUUAUUUAAUUGAAAAGUAUUUCACAUGACUAUCGGAGAUGAGCACGAAAUAAAAAAUAAAAUAAAAACAAAGAGAGGUUAUUCCAUUCGUGAGGAAGAAAAAGAGGAAGGAAUUAAUUUGCGGGGAAAACAGGCAAGGUGUUUUGACGAUACACAUUUCUGUGAAGAAAAAAUAAAAAAAAAGGUUUAUACUUAAAGGUUUUCUUUUAAAAUUCAUUAAGAACAAUUAACGUGCCUUAGGUAAAGAAUCACAGGAUAAGAAUUUAAAGGACUUCUGGUAAUAAAAGGUACGGUCUAAAGAAAUUUUUGCGAAAACUUUUUACAGAGUUUGAUGGUCAAUUAUGCUGAGAUUGCUUUCCUAUUUAAGCUUUGUUGAAGAUUUUUUUUUUAAUAUUUUAAAAGGCCUUUUCUGCUUGUUUUUCAAAAUUUUAUUGAUGCGAUUUAAUUAAAAAAAAACUCAUUAAAAAAAACUUUUAAUUUCUUAAAAAAUAAAUCAUAAAAUAACCGGAAAGCAAUUUCGCACACCUUUGUUGUACAAUUUUUUUUCUCUGCAUGUUGCAAAAUGUAAACAAUGUUGUUUUGUGUACCCUCGAAACACCUUGAGACAAAAAAAAGACCUUUGCAACAAAAAAAAUCCGCAAAAAUAGGUAAUUCUCUGUUAAAUUUUUGUAAAUAAUAUUCAACUAGACUUGAAUGUACAUUUCUUUUACAUGGAAUUCGAAAGAAAAUAAUCACCCUAUGUUACUCUUUAAUUGCAAUUUAAUUGUAACUAUCGUGUCUUCAUGUGCAAGUGAGUGAAUGUUUUUUAUAUAUAAAUAAAAUGAAGAAAAGAACAUAUAAAUAUAUAUUUAAGUUCACAGUGUAAAUAAUUUCAAGAAAAAAAGGCGAAAAAGAUGUUUAUUGUUAGGAAAAGCAAGUAAAAAAAAAAACAUUCAACAAUUUAUGUUUAGAAAUAUUUAAUAUUUCGGGACAAUUUUGUUGAAAAUAAUAUUAAUAAAAGAAGAAAUUGUAUAAAGACGCUUGAGAAGUUGGAUAAAGCGAUAAAAUUUUACAACAAAAAAAACAAGUAAGAAUGUUAAAAAUAUUCUAUUUUAGUGAAGAAAAGUGAGGAAAAAAACAAGAUAUUUUGUAUUUUAUUUUUUAAUUUGUAAAAUUGAGCGCGCGCUGGUCAUGAAAAUAAAUUUUUCAGUGGGAACACAACUUGAGGAAAUUAGUCAUUUUUAGCAGUUUCCAAUCAAUUGCUAGUCAUUAUAAUAAAUAAUUUGAGUAAUUUCCAAUAUUAAAAUAAAUCAUCCCUGUUAGUUUUUUUUGUUUGUUUCUGCUCCCCCCGUUCUUUUUUUGUAUGUUUCAAGGAAGCACAAAUUUUCUUUCCGUCAGAUUAUUUUUGCUUUUUAUCUUUUGUUACCAAUUUAUUGAUUUUUUUGCUCGAAAACUCAAAGAAGGGAAGAAUUUUUUUUCUAUGUAAAACGAAGGUCUUGCGGUUUAUUGUUUUACAUUAAUUUUGUAAUAAUUUCUAUUUAAUUAAAAUGAAAGAAAGAAGAAAAAGACGAGCAAGAGUGGACUAUCAAUUCCAAAAUAUAUUAAAAUAAAAAAGUUCAUUUUUGAGGUUUUUCUUUAGUAAGAUGAGAGAGGAAGGAAACUUAUUUUAGAAAUUUAGUUUUAUAUCGAAAGAUGAAAAAAAAAAGAAAGAAAUCCAUUAGAGAAAAAAAAGCAGCUAGUGAGGAUUUUAGUAAAGAAGAAGAAGAAGAAGUUAAAGAUGAAGAAGAAAAGAAGAGAUCCCAAUGAAUGGAUGUGUGAAUGCGUGGUGUUACUUUUUAUCUGUGUAAAUAACCAUGAGAAGAUAGUCUCUGUAAAUAUGUCGCAUGUGGAGAAAGAGAAGAGAGAAAAAGUAAUUCUUAAGCAAUAUUAUUUUUCUUCUCUGUAAGCCUUGUAACAAAUCUCUUUCUUCCAUUUGUUGUAACAAAAAAAAUAAUGUUGAAGAAAAGCAAAAUUCUACCAAUAAACAUUUUCAUGUGCAAAA